AUGGCCGCAGUUGGAGAGCCGAAGGACGACAAGAUCUAUACGAUCAGCUCCAAGCCCGAAGUUCACGAAUCUGGCCGAUUCCACGAGCCAAGCUUCAACCAUUUCGCGGUUCGGAACACCUUCUUAGAGUUGAAGCACGAUUCUUACUCCCUUCAAGAGUGGUGUGGCUCUGUGCGUCGCGUGAAGUCUUCCCCAGACCUUUCGAAUCCGGAUGCUUUCAAUCCUUGCUCCGUGGAUCAGAAGCUGGGAGAACCGAUGCCUGUCGUCCCCGCACCAGAGCUGAGCCCCAGUGCGAACUCACACACCUCACAGACUGCAAAAGACUCGGAUCGUGCCACAGACGAGUCGCAGCCAAACGCUUCUCGGACUCGUCUCUCCAGCCAGGCAACACCCUACCAGCCCCCAGCGGCCCCCGCUGCCCACAGCACGACAUAUUAUGCAGUACCGAAAAGCCGCACCACUGGGCAGGAGCAGGUCGUGGCCAUGCCCUCCAUGCUCCCGCCUCCGACCCAGGUAUGGCAGGCGCCCAUUCCACCAAUACCUACGUCCACGGCCGCUGUGACGGCGCCGGUAAUUCUGGGCUCUGCUAUGCUCCCGAGCAUUGGGUCAGGAGGCCAUGCCACAGGGGAGUGCAAGCCGUGUGUGUUCUUCCACAAGAAAGGUUGCGCCACAGGCAGGACAUGUCUCUUCUGUCACCUGUGCCAACCCGGUGAGAAGCAGCGGCGAAAGGAGCGGAAAGAGAAGCGAGCCAUGCAAGCACGCUGA